UUUUUUUAUAAAAAUGAUGAAUUUAAAACCACCCAAAAGUUAGAUUGAUAGUGCAUCUGAUACUGGUAGUGUUAACAAAAUAAGUGACAAAUAAAAGAUAAAUACUUUGAAAAAGGCAGUGAUAGAUUUGAGAGAAGAGAAAUCUCAAUUAACAAAAUAGAUUACAGAUUUAACUUAAAAAAAUAAUUAGUUAAUUAAAGAGAAAGAAGAUUUAGUAUGAUUGAAAUAAAUAAUGUAGGAAGAGAAGCAUUAAUCCAUGAUGAGAGAUUUAUAACGUUAAAUAACUGUUGUAAUAAUGAACAAUAUAAAUUUAGAAUUAAUUCAGUUAAAUACAAUCUUCUUCAUCUUAAGCAGAAUUAAUUAAUAAUUAAGGUGAUUAAUCUAAAUAAGUAUUUAAAUUGAAACAGUAAUUAUUGUAUAUAUAUUGCAAGAGAAUUAGAGUAAACCAUAGCUCAUAAUGAAGCUCGAUUUACUAUUUUAUAGACUGCUUAUAAAGAGAUGGAAAGAGAUUUAAAAAACAAAGAAAUUUCAAAUUAAAAAUUGAUAAAGGAAGUUGAAGAGAAGACUUAAUUAAAUAACUAACUUAAAAAGAACAUUGAAGACAUUGAAAGAGAUUUGUAUAACAAAAUUAAAGAUUUAAAAGCUGAGAAGAUGGAAAUACAAUUAAAAUUAAAGACUUUAGAUAAAGAAAUGCAAUAGAAAGAUGAAGAAAUAAGAAUAUUGCAUAAAGGCUUAGAUGAUUCAAGAUUUACAGUAGCUUAAUUGUAAGGUGAACUUGAAGAAAGUAGAGGCAAAUUUAUAUAAUAUAAGCUUAUAUUACACAAUUAAUUUUUGGAUAUAGAUUGUCUAUUUAUUUUAAGAUAAAAUCUAUUUAAUGAUUAUGUCUUUGAGUUAGAAACAGCAGCAUAAAAAUUUUAAUAUAAGGCAAGUGAGAUUACAGAUUUGAAAAUUAAAGAUGAAACUUCAUUUUACUUAUCUGUUAAGUCAAGAAGUAAAGAAGAAGUUUUUAGCAUUAUGCCUAAUUAGGAUUUAAAGAAGAUAUGUAAAUCAAUUAAGUAUUUAUAUAAAUAAAUCUAUUAAUUUAGAAAUUUUCUGAUAAAGGCUUAACAAUAUUAAAUUAAUUAGUAACAUGCUUAAGUGCAAAGUCCUAAAAAUAAUGGCCUUUUGGGAGGAUUGAUGUCAAUUUUUGGAAAUACAUCAUCAAAAAAUGGAAGCAAUACAAAUAGUGAUGCAAAACAAAAAUGAUAUUUUUAUAAUCUAACAUAUU